AUGAGCAACUACGAGGACGACAGCGAGGACGUCCGGAAUUUCCUUACCAUGGGCGGCCAAGUAUCGUGGGCAGUACAUGCCUACAGGUACCUUGAUGCGACGCGCGCUGGAGGCCCAAGUCAAGAGCUACCCCAGGUAGUAGAGGAUGCCGCCACGGCGAAUGACGAUGCUAUAUUUGAUGCCUACAUGCACAUGGACGCGCUUGUAGAAGAGUGGCAUGACACCACGGCAAGUGUCAGCCCCCCGGUGACGAUGGACCAGAGCGCGCAGCCCUCUCCAAUUUCGGAGUCCACGCCGCGUGGGCCAAGGGAAGCCUCUAUAGUGGUUGAUUACCAGCCCGCCUUCGUUCCUGUCUCGGAGAUGCACGCAGCUCAGGUUGCCCAAGCGUCGCAGCACACAUCCACGGUCCAGGUGCACUCGGAUGCGACUAGCCUCUCGCGGGCGUCGUAUGGCACUGCUCCACAUACGCGGACAUUGUCGGGAACGCAGGUCACUGCGGAACCUUCACACGCAACACCCGCUUCGACCAACGACGCCAACGACGCUGCCACCUUGCCCGCCUAUAAAUGCACGCCUGACGGUGCCUUCUCCUUGUCGGCGGCGACUCGGAGCCACGUCCGCGAGCGCGCCUCACACGCGCCGCAACCCCAGGCCAACGCUGGAGCAUCGUCGUCGUCAGUCAAGGUUGAAGAUAUAGACGAUGUUGAGGCGUUUGGCACGCUGGCGAGCCAAGCGGGACCCUCUCGCACCCGGGCCAAAGGAAAAUCGGUCGCGCGUCAUGCGCCCUACAAGCCCCCCGCCGCUCCCGCCCCCGCCCCCGCCGCACCCCUCACGACCGGCAGCAGAUACAACCCGAACAACCCACCACCCGGGUGGGCGCCGCACUACACGGCGAGCUGGAUGGCAACGUGGACGUGGGAUGGGGACAAGAUCCCCGAGGAGUGGGGCCUACACGACCUGUGGGGGCAACUCAAGGCGAAAUAUAACCUGUGCGGCAGCAAGCCGUGCGGGUGGAAGGGUUGCGCGAAGGGGCCGACGAUCGAGUUGCGAAAGCAUGUGCUGGGGGUGCACCUGGGGUGCACGUACAAGUGCCGCGGGUGUAAGUACGUUUACACGGACCGCUUCGAUAACUGGCGGUGUCGCCCGCCGGCGGAGGGGGUGCACGGGGCAGGGUGUCUCACGGCAAAGUUCUGGCGCGGCCAGAUCAAAGAGCAGGAUCUGGAGGAGGCGUUGAAGGAGCGGGAGGAGGCAGAAGACGGGUCGCUGGCUGAAGUAUGA